AUGCCUGAAAAAACAAAUAACACAUGUCAGAAGAAGCGUGUUACGGCCACUCGUGAGCAGUGGCUGCACUACUUAGAGCAUGUUGCAGAAGAGCGCAUUUGUGCCUCCUGCUGGGCUACGCAGUUCAAGAUCUUCCUUGAUGAGUUUAGAGAUGGAAUCUGUGGUCACAGGGGCGGAGAAGGUAAAACGAGCAAACAAAGGGCAGGAAGCUACGUUGGAGAAGGCAAGGGGGGCAGUCGGGUUAGGAAGGAAGAGACCCAGCAAGCACAACAAAAUCCACCCUGCACUUUAUGCAAAACUCGUGGAACUGACAAGGCAAAGAAGACCAGCAAAGAAGAGGACAAAUCCAAGAAGAGCAAGGGCACAAAGAAACAGCAAAAGGGUGAUACUGCUGAGGAGAAGAAGGAAGAGUCGAAGGCCACCAGCAGCAAAGCAGAUAGCAAAAAGAAAGACGAAGAGACGUCCACUGAAGGAUCUUCCACGAAGAAGGCCAAGAAGACAGAUGGAGAUGAAGAGAAGACAGCAGAGAAGGCAAAGAAGACUAGCAAAGAAGAGGACAAGUCCAAGAAGAGCAAGGACACAAAGACACAGAAAAAGGAUGAGACUGCUGAGGAGAAGAAGGAAGAGUCGAAGGCUACUAGCAGCAAAGCAGAUAGCAAGAAGAAAGGCGAAGAGACGUCCACUGAAGGAUCUUCCACAAAAAAGGCCAGGAAGACAGAUGGAGAUGAAGAGCAGACAGCAGAGAAGGCAAAGAAGAUUGGCAAAGAGGAGGACAAGUCCAAGAAGAGCAAGGACACAAAGACACAGAAAAAGGAUGCGACUGAUGAGGAGAAGAAGGAAGAGUCGAAGGCCACCAGCAGCAAAGCAAAUAGCAAGAAGAAAGACGAAGAGACGUCCACUGAAGGAUCUUCCACGAAGAAGGCCAAGAAGACAGAUGGAGAUGAAGAGAAGACAGCAGAGAAGGCAAAGAAGACUGGCAAAGAAGAUGACAAGUCCAAGAAGAGCACGGACACAAAGACACAGAAAAAGAAUGCGACUGAUGAGGAGAAGAAAGAAGAGUCGAAGGCCACCAGCAGCAAAGCAGAUAGCAAGAAGAAAGACGAAGAGACGUCCACUGAAGGAUCUUCCACGAAGAAGGCCAGGAAGACAGAUGGAGAUGAAGAGAAGACAGCAGAGAAGGCAAAGAGGAUUGGCAAAGAGGAGGACAAGUCCAAGAAGAGCAAGGACACAAAGACACAGAAAAAGGAUGAGACUGCUGAGGAGAAGAAGGAAGGUAAGGAAGAGUCGAAGGCCACCAGCAGCAAAGCAGAUAGCAAGAAGAAAGGCGAAGAGACGUCCACCGAAGGAUCUUCCACGAAGAAGGCCAAGAAGACAGAUGGAGAUGAAGAGAAGACAGCAGAGAAGGCAAAGAGGAUUGGCAAAGAGGAGGACAAGUCCAAGAAGAGCAAGGACACAAAGACACAGAAAAAGGAUGAGACUGCUGAGGAGAAGAAGGAAGGUAAGGAAGAGUCGAAGGCCACCAGCAGCAAAGCAGAUAGCAAGAAGAAAGGCGAAGAGACGUCCACCGAAGGAUCUUCCACAAAGAAGGCCAAGAAGACAGAUGGAGAUGAAGAGCAGACAGCAGAGAAGGCAAAGAAGAUUGGCAAAGAAGAUGACAAGUCCAAGAAGAGCAAGGACACAAAGAAACAGCAAAAGGUUGAGACUGAUGAGGAGAAGAAGGAAGAGUCGAAGGCCUCCAGCAGCAAAGCAGAUAGCAAGAAGAAAGAUGAAGAGACGUCCACUGAAGGAUCUUCCACGAAGAAGGCCAGGAAGACAGAUGGAGAUGAAGAAAAGACAGCAGAGAAGGCAAAGAAGAUUGGCAAAGAGGAGGACAAGUCCAAGAAGAGCAAGGACACAAAGACACAGAAAAAGGAUGAGACUGCUGAGGAGAAGAAGGAAGGUAAGGAAGAGUCGAAGGCCACCAGCAGCAAAGCAGAUAGCAAGAAGAAAGACGAAGAGACGUCCACCGAAGGAUCUUCCACGAAGAAGGCCAGGAAGACAGAUGGAGAUGAAGAGAAGACAGCAGAGAAGGCAAAGAAGAUUGGCAAAGAAGAGGACAAGUCCAAGAAGAGCAAGGACACAAAGACACAGAAAAAGGAUGAGACUGCUGAGGAGAAGAAGGAAGGUAAGGAAGAGUCGAACGUCACCAGCAGCAAAGCAGAUAGCAAGAAGAAAGACAAUGAACCAGACGAACAGGUUUCUGAGAGGAAACGUGAGCGAGAUGGCACGAAUGAUGGAAACACAAGACAGAACAAACAGCCCAAAGUUUCGAAGGCAGAAGACAACAAGAGGAGGAUGCCAGCAUCCCCAGCGAGAGCAGAGAAGAAGACAAGAGCAAAUGAUGCUGAAGAUGCGUCAGGAAGUGAAGCUACCAAGGUAGGUUGGGGUCAGGUUGGGUGA